AUGGACCAAUCUGAUCCAGAAGCAGCACGCGAAUUGGGCCGUUGUAUUUCACCGAUGAGAAAAGACAAGGUCAAAGUUUCCUUCCGGCUACUUAGCCCUAAUCCAUCGGCUUUGGAUUAUCGACCGGGACAUACAUAUUACUUCAUAACUACCUCAACCGGGACACCAUGGGGUUUGGACAACACCAAGGGCGGUCUCUGCUCCACACACCAACUCAAAAUGAUUAUUCAUGUUGAAGAAGUUGGCAACACAAUCCUAUCGACAGUAACUCGAGGCGAACGACUAUCAUUAGAUGUUGGAAGCGAACGCCACGAAUAUGAAUCAGUACCGUUUGAUGAGCUCGACUUUCAGAUACAUGAAAUCGGCGAUGUAGAAAGCCUCUUCAUGUCUUCUCCCGCUUCACCAACUUCGGUCAUGCCAGUAUGGCUUUUCCUUUUGACAACUGUGGCCCUGCUUUUGAUAUGA